AUGGUCUGUUUUAAUGCUCUGCGAUGUGCAAAAGUCGUAUUGGAGGGCAAGGCACCUGAGCUCUAUGGAAUGCACGCCAAUCCCAACUGCAUAAACCCAUAUGGAUACUUCCCGCUCCAUGAAGCUGCUGAAAGGUUCUCUUGUGACAUGAUCAAGUUGCUUUUGCGCCAUGGCACAUCAGCCAAUGUACGCACAGUUGGAAAUGAUGACAUUGAGAACCUACUUCCUCUCCAUGUUGCAAUUGAGAAUACUUGCAUGCAUAAGUAUCUGGAGGACAAUCUUUCUCCCAGCCAGAGUCAUCUGGAAUAUAUCUACAAGCUUAUCCAUCUGCUGUGUCUACCUGAAAUGAAGAUCUUCUUGGAUACAACUAGAUUGCUUGCUAAAAGAACAAAUAAUCUACUUGAAGAGCUCUGGAACUACAUUGAGAAUGGAAAGCUUAUCCAGUCUGGGAUUCUACUACUGGCUGCUCAGGAGCAGAUUCGUGGAGGUUGUUCCUCCAAGAUGAAUGGUAGGAGUAAAAAAGAUGGGUUUGACAUUAUGAAUAAGCGUAUACUGUGGCUUUCAUUUGCCUUGGGAUGGGAGAAAGGUUCAAAUGAAAUGGCAGAGAAGCUUCUGAAGGAAAGAAGAUCACUUAUUGAUUGCACAGGGUUGCUUGUUGAUGUAAUUUCCCAUCAUGGUCAACGUCUUUCUUCAUAUAUUCAGGCACAUUCAGAGAUUGCUUUCAUAUCGCCCUUCCGCUUGGCCAUUCCUGCAACUACCACCAGCCAACAACCACUGCUUUCCAUGGGUGAUCGUAUCUAUGAGACCGUCCUCAAGCUCGGCGAUCUGAUGAAGUCUCGGGACUCGUCACUGCUGCCACCAUUAUCAGCGUCAUCCAGGGUGAAGCACGAGUCUGUUCAAUCUCUGGCCUUGAUGUCCGCUCCACCGAAGCGGGUGCCCUCCUCAGUCUGCACCGCCUGCCACACCCGCAACUUUCAGUUUCACAACACCACCUGCAGCUACUGCAUCUGCACUGCCACUGGCAUGGACUUCCUUCAUUCCUUGACGCGGCCGCAGGACAGCUUGUAUGUCAUGCAGGUGCCCCGUGUGGAGGUCUUGGAACAUGUUUCAUCUAUCCUCAAGGAAUAUGGGUUUAACCCUAAUGGAGAAAUCAUGGACACUAUAGACCUGUACUAG